UAUUGGGACCCCAAGAGCCCCAAGUUGGACGGGGAAGCGGAGCUGGGGGGGUCUCCGGCUUGCGGUGGGAACCCGAGUGGGGUUGGAUAGGGCGAAGAGACAAGGACCUUUCUUCCCCUGUCCCUAGGGCGGCCCGCACAGAGCCAGGGUUCUGGGCCGUUAGGAGAUGGGGUGGAGAUAGGAUUUGUGUCCCUAAUCCUCUCCCUUUGCCCGAGGUCCGGAGAGAUUAAUUUUUUUAAAAAACUGGUGUUGGGGGAGGGGGGAGAGCUUAACCCCUUCUUGCCUGGUGCGGAGUUGGACUAAUGGAUCGGACAGAACUAGCCACUUGGCUCUGAUUGGGCAAUAGGGGCCCCGAGAGUGCAGAAGGUGCCCUGUCCUCCACUCCCACCCCAUCUCCAGCGGUGCUUGCUGGAUGCCCCCAGCUUGGGCCUUAUGGGAGGGGGUCACCCCUUUCUCUAGCUCCACACUGCCUCCCCUGCCCCAGCCUCCUCUCCCAACCAUCCCUCCCCAGUUGCACUUCUUUCUCGGGCUCCUUCUCCUCUUCCAGGGCCCCUUUCCUCUUUCCUUCCCCACUGAGGGCCGCCUCUCGCCUGGCAGCCGAUUCUGCCCUUCUGCACCCCUCCCCUGGGCCUCACUCAGGGCUGCUGGAGCCCUGUCUGUACUGCUUCUUCCCCUGGCCCCGCUGCCGCCGCUGCUCUCAGGCUCAUCUCCUUCUUGCUCUUUCUUCCUCUGCAGCUCUGUAGACUGACUCUCCACCAACCUGUCUCUGUCCUGCUCCCCAUUUCCUCUCCAGGGCUUGUAUACCCUUUCUUUGUCUUUCUCCUUCCCCUGGGUCCCAGGAAACUUGGCGUUCACCUGCCUCCCUUUCUCAUAGGGAAGGGUCAAAAGUUAUUGGUGUUCUUCCUCCGGGAAUUGGGAAGUUUUGGGAGGAAGGAGUGGCCUGGUAGAGUCAGAGCCCAGACUGCUUCCAGAGAACAGGUUCAUUUCCACCUUGUAGUGGUUACCUGGUUUGAAUGUGCAUGUAUGAGUGUGGCGUGGGUGUGUGUGUGUGUGCGUGUGUGUGUAGGAGUGUAAUGUUGUAGGAGUGUAAAUGGGGGGGAUGUCUAAUUUACCACGGUUCAGUGUUGGAAGGGGGGGUGGGAAGGGCCUGGUGACAUUCUGAUGUCAUGCUUCCCAGAGUUCCCCAAGGGACAGUGUAGGGAGGGUCCCCCAUACACCCCCCAGGGAGUUAGUUGUUGAAGAAAGCGGUUUGUGCUGAACCAGAAUUCAUUCGGCACUGAUGUGAGCUGGAGGCCCCAGCCCACCCCAGAGCGUACCUGAAAGAGGAUGGCAUCCACAAGAGGGUCUCCACCCUAAACUGGGACCUUGAAUAAAGAGCACAUGGGCUCUCCAUUCUCAGGUGGUCUAAGAGAGGAAGCACCCUCAGGGAACCUCCAUUCUGUUGGGAGAGGCAGUUCUUAUCUUCAGAGAUUCCCUCUUCUGAUGGGGAAUACUGCCCCUUCUCCUCAGGAGCUCCCAUCUGAUGUGGCAGAGAUAUGACCCAGUUAGGGAAUCAAUGAAGUAUGAAAAAUUACUCAUUUCCUAGUAGUGGGGAAGAGUGGAUUUAGAAAUUAUAUAGACAAAUGAGAGGAGUGAGGGCUAUCUAGGACAGCUUUCUGGAGGAGGUGGCAGCUAGGUCCUGGUCAGAUGAGCUUUGCGAUUGAAGGAGGGAAUUUAGUUCAUUCUUAGGGGCAGCCUCUCUUCCCAUCUACCCCUUCAGGACAGGAAGAGAGGUUCUAGAACUUCUCUGUUACUAGCACCCAGGGUUGAAGAAUGGCAGGAGGGUUCCUGGAGGGCCCACAUCCCUGGCUCCUUCUCAUACCUCAUUUCCUGCUUGCAGCCCCAAGCAUCCGCAGAGCCUGGGGUGGAGGUAGCUUUGAAGCGUAUCCGGUCCUAGCGAGUAUGGACCAGCUCCCUUACCUCUACCCCUGUCCCUUCUCCCAGCAGUGUUCUUUCCUCAUGAGCAGGUUCCCAAACUGCAGAUCACCACCCAGGACAGAGCUGAGGGGCAGGAGACUGUGGUCAAGGUCGAGUUCUGCCUCUUAUCUCCUGCAUCUCAGUUUUCCCAUCUGUAAAGUGGGGACACUAAGAGUCCCGAGCCUGGACAGUUCACAGUGAGAUGAAUCUGUGUAAUAACAGAAGAGGAGAAUCGGAAGAGACCAAGCAGGCAUGAGAACAUUAUCUGGUGCAUCAUAGAGAUUUGGCUCUGCACUGUUCUGCUACGGGUACUCUUUAUACCCUUCUGCAUCUGUGAGUCUGUCUUGAACUGUGAGAACUGUGACUUUGUCGAGAACAGUGGCCCUGUUGAUGAUGCCAGCUUCCUGAACAGCUCAUGUUCAGGAAGACAGGUGGUGAGUGCACCAGUGAUGAGAGUGGGGGGAGGCAGGACUGGGUGAUGGAUGGGAAGAUGGAUGGGUGGAUGGUAUAAAUUGACGGAUGUAAAAAUGGGUGGAUGGUUGGACGGGGCGGAUGGUGGAUGGAUGGGUGGCUGGAAAGAUAGAUGUUUGGACAGAUGAUGGAUGGGUGAAUGAGUGGACGGUGAAUAGGCAAGUAGAUGCAUGGAUAAGUAGGGACGUAAGUAGGUGGGUGGAUGGAAGAACCUGGGUUCUCAUUUUGAUCUUGCCAUUAACUUAUUAUGCGACCUUAGAUCAGUCAUUCUCCUGUCUCUUUCUUUAUUUGUAAAAUGAGAGGAUUGGAUUUAAUAGUCUCCAAGAUUUCUCCCAGAUUUGAUAUUGGACAGCUUAUGAUGAUUAAAAGCUUUUAGGGAAUGCUAAUGACAGAAGGGCCCAAGACAGUGACGGGGAGAGAAGUUCAGUGACCCGUGUGCAGGCACUCGGCAAAUCAGCUUGGACCCGGGCUUCAGGACAGCCUGUGUCUAUACCCUGGACUCGCUUCUACCUCCUGCCUGCCCCAACCAUCUGGGCUGUGGUUCAGAUGAUUUCUCUUUCAGGGGCCAGAGAAAGAGUUGUAAGGAGAGGUGAGGGCCGGAAGGCUAGGAGCAGGUAGCCAUUGGCAGCUCCCUUGCCUGCACCAACCUGAACCUCUUAUCCAUGGUCUUCUUUUCCUCUUUCUCCUCUUGUCCUCCCAGCUCUCUUGAGUCAUGGCUUCUUCAAAGCUCCGAGAACCUGCGGAUGAGGUUUUCGACCUGGACUUGGCUGUGCCAGAGACCGUCAGACUGGACAGCAGUUUACACAAGGCCCGAGCCCAGCUACUGGCCAAGGGCCGGAGACACAGGCCCUCCCGCUCGAGGCUUCGGGACAGUGCCAGCUCUGCAGAGGAUGGUGAAGGCUCCGAUGGGCCCGGAGGCAAGGUGACCGAUGGCUGCGGGAGCCCCCUGCACCGGCUGCGCUCACCUCUGCACUCGGGCCCGGGGUCCCCAGCCGGGAGCUCCUUCUGCCUGGAGCCCCCGGGGUUGCGGCGCAGCCUGGACGAGGACGAGCCGCCGCCCUCGCCGCUCGCACGCUACCGACCCCUGCACAACGCCGCCUCGCACGAGGGCCUGGCCGCCGCCUCCUGCUCGCCGCCGCGCUCCGCGCCCUCGUCCGACAGCUCGCCCAGCUUCGUGCGCCGCCAUCCCCGCGCCGAGCCGCACAGCGAAGAUGACAGCCGGGAUGCCAGCCCACCUGAGCCCGCCAGCCCUACCAUCGGCCUGGAUAAGAAGACUCGCCGCAAGUUCCUGGACCUGGGGGUCACCUUACGCCGAGCCUCCACUAGCAAGAGCCGGAAGGAGAAGGGCAGCAACCGUCUGUCCAUGGGCAGCAGGGAGUCGGUGGAGGGGUCCGGCAGGUCAGGGGGCUCCCCGUUCCUGCCCUUUUCCUGGUUCACAGACAGUGGCAAGGGCUCGGCGUGUGCUGGCAGCACCACCUCCCCGGCCUGCUCCCCUAAACACGAGCGCUUCAGCCCUAAGAAGUCAGCUUCUCAGGAAUCCACUCUGAGUGACGACUCCACACCCCCCAGCAGCAGCCCCAAGAUUCCAAGUGGUCCCCGGCAGGCGGCCAAGUGUUCCUACCCCUACCACACACUGUCCCAGUCUUCGGAUGAGUUUCUGGAUGAACCUCUCCCCACCAUCUACCACUGGACCAGUCAGCAGGUGGGCCAGUGGCUGCACAGCCUCAGCCUGGAGCAGUACGCUGCCGAGUUUGCUGCGAGGCAGGUGGAUGGGCCGCAGCUACUGCAGCUGGAUGGAAGCAAACUGAAGAGCCUGGGGCUCAGCAACUCACAUGACCGGGCGCUAGUGAAGCGGAAGUUGAAGGAGCUGGCAGCGGCCGCUGAGAAGGAGCGCAAGGCCCAGGAGAAGGCUGCGCGGCAGCGUGAGAAGCUCCGGCGCAGGGAGCAGACGGCCAAGAGGAGCUAGGGGGACGGGCAGGCAGCUGCUGGGCUCUGAGGGCACAGGCCGCCCGGGGAAGUGGGGCCUGGCCCCAUGCUCUCAGGAGGAACAGCCCUCUCACCCUGUCUUCUAUCUGGACCCAGAUUCCUCAGAAAGGGAGACCCCAGGGGGAGGACCCAGUAAUAAACCCCAUUUCAAGGACUCGUCUGGCACAGGGUUCCUGGGGGAAGUGGCAGAUUAUGGGCAGAGAAGCCAGGGCUGAAGCAAGUCUGGGAGCCCAGAAGUGCCUGAGUCUUUCCGACCCUCUGCCCUCAGGCCAUGGUGGUCCUGGGACCAGCAGUGAAUUAGGAGGCCUGCUUACCUACCAGAAGCCCUGGGCUCAGAGGGGGCCGGGCGUCUCUGCAGGAGCAGGUAGAUAGAGCAGCUCCUUGCCAGCUCUCCCAGGUGACUGUGUCAGGAGAGCCCGUUCUGCUCCGCAGGGAGGCUGGUGGGCCUGCAGCACGUUGCAUGCAAGGUGGGCUCCCAGUCUGCACUCCUCAACAGGAGGGCAGAGAAAGCAGCAUGAUUACCCCACAUCAUCUCUGCGAGGACUUCAGAAGGAAGGGAGGAGGCAAAGCUCCUCCUUUUCCCUGUCCCUGUCCUGUGGGUCUCUGUUGAGAUAAUGCCCUUGCAGGUCUGCCCCUCCUGAGGCCCAAAGCCUGGUCUUUGACCCACUCUCCAAGCUGGGCCCACUUCUGCUGCUCCCUCAGGGGCCACCUGGGCCCUCCCUGAGGACAGAGCAAACUUGGGAGCUGGUGGCCACGGAAGACACCCCCUACCAAUGCCUAGAUGGUCCUGAACUGGCGAAUCCUCAUCCCAGCCAAACAGAGAGGCAGAAUCUGGGAGGUCCCCCGGAGGCUGCUAAACUGGAGAGGUCCAUCAGCCGUCCCCCAUCUGCCCUGGUCCCUAGCGAGGCCUCAGUGGGUUCCAGAACUGGCAGACAGCGCGGGCUCUGGUUCCUGGGCCACAGGGAGGGGUGGGGCCGGCUCCCUGGGUGGGGGCGGAGUCCACCCCAGCAGCCCAGAGCAAGCCGUCUGUCCUUGUAGGGAGGGAGUGUGCGGCUACGGUGCUGGCCAGCGGCGAGCCCAGCUUCUGGAGCGCUGGCCGGAGUUAACAACGAGGCCAGCGGCCUCUGAUUAGAGACCUCCCUCCUCCUCCUCCCAUCCGUCUGGAGCGGUGGACAGGACCCGAUGCAUGCCUACCCACCUCGUUCCAGCCCAGGCGCUGUGGCCUGAGGGCUACCCCUAUUCCUGGGUCUCAGUCCUUUCCUCCUCUCUGCUAUCUGGGCCGGGAGAGGGGCUUCAGAGAGGGGACUGAGAUAUGGGGGCAUCAGUACCAUCUGGGCCCAGAGGAGGGGCCAGUGGGGAAGGUGAAAAGUUCCCAGGUCCUUGAAGCCAUCAGGAGUUAUCUGGGUGCCCACCUGCAUGUGAAGGGGGAGGCGGUACUCAGUUUAUUUCAAUAAACACUUACAACGUGCCAGUGA